CCCUCUCUCUCCCUCUCUAAAACCCCUUCUUCGUUCAACUUCCCUUGAGAGAGAAACUAGAGACCAGAGAGAGAAGUCGGCCGCCGGACAUGGGGGCCCUGGCUCCGGUGACUCCGUGGAUACCCGAAGACGACCUUCUCUUGAGGAACGCCAUCGAGGCUGGUGCAUCCCUGGAAUCGCUUGCUAAAGGUGCAGUGAGGUUUUCCAGAAGAUUCACUAUCAGGGAACUACACGAUCGAUGGCAUUCACUCCUUUAUGAUCCAGAUGUUUCUACAGAGGCUUCGUUUCACAUGGCUGAACUUGAACGCUCUAACCCUAGUAUUCCUACAAAGUUUGGUAGAACUGGAAAUUCAAAAGAAGUUAAAAGUUCAUCUGGGAAGAGGAAUGCUGAAAAAGUUCGCCUUACCUACUAUUCCUUGCGAAAGAAAUUUCGUUUGGAGCCUUUUAAUUCGAUGGAUCUAGGCUUCCUUGUUCCGCCAAAUGACAACCAUUUCAUUUGCAAUGGAGAUGCGGCUCAUUUGGGACUUGAAGAGUCUCACAUGGAUAUUAUCCAUAACGCUUUUCCUGAAAUUUUGGUCGAUGGAGGCUGCAUGGGGGGAUUUAAUAACCCAAUUGAGGAUAGUCAUCCUGUGCCAGAAGAUAAUUUGCCAGGUGAAAUCCCUCAUGUAAUGGCAGGGGAUCUUGCAUUCACUCAGAAUGCAGGUUCUUCUGGAUGUGAUGCUGUUCAUCAUGACUCCAAGAUGAAAUUAGAGACAGCUGUUCAUGAACCCAAAACUGCAACGCCUAGCACUGAUUGCUUCCUGGCAGAGCUUUCAAAUUCUCUUUUCAAUGAUGUGGAUCCUUUCAUGGAUGUGGAAGGUAAAGAUAUUGACAAAUCGUAUUAUGAUGGCCUUAGUUCUCUUUUGGUAAACUCCUCAAAGACUACGAGCCAAGAGGCUCUGCCUAACUCUACUGAGCAAAAUUCUUCUGCUGAUCAUAAUAAUCCAGGAGAUGCCGGUCUGGGUGAUUGUGAGACACCUGAACUAGAUGGUACAAACGCAACGAGCUCGUCGGUGGUCAAACCAGUGUCUGACUCUCUUGCAGUUGAUCCUCAUCCUGAGGUUGUUAAUGGUGUUAUCUGCUGUGUAUUAAACACAGAGGAACCUGAAAUUCCUUGUAAUGGCGACCUAUUCCCCUCCAACAACUGUCAUCCAAUGUCAGUUUCUUCCUUAGCCCGGCGUAACUUUAAAGAUUCCAGUAAUCCAGUUUCUACAUCUGUCAGAGAUCUCUCAGCCAGUAAGGAGAGAAGUAUAGGAUAUUCUGCGCAGAUGCCGAAGAAGAACCCUGGACGAUCACAAGCAUCUUUUCGAGGAAAAACAGAGAUGAGUCAGCCAAGUCAAGGUACAGAAUACAAGGAAUUUCCUAAAACUGAGUCACAUAAUGCCACACCUAGGGCUACGGCUAUCAAUUCUGGUGGUUCUGCCUAUGGAAUUUCCGCGCAGACAUGUUCAAAUACUCAAUCUGCUGUGUCAUUAGAUGGAAACAGCACAGUUGCAACUAUAAAGCAUAUUCCUGGAAAACCCUCCAUGGGAUCUGAUGGUCAUGGAAAGUAUCCCAAGAAAGAUAUUGGAAACAGUACAGUGGAACAAGGUAUCCUGGCAGUUGACAAUCUGCCACAUACUGACGAUGGCUCGAUAGAGAUGAUAGCCGUUGAACCAGAGGUGAAUCCAACAGUGGAUGAACAUCUUGACUAUAGUGAUGAAGAGUUGCCUAAUUAUUCUGACAUCGAGGCUAUGAUACUAGAUAUGGAUCUGGAUCCUGGUGAUCAAGAUAUGUUCGAGCUUGAAGUCUCAAAGUAUCAGAAUGAGGAAACCAAAAGGGCAAUUAUCAGACUUGAACAGGCUGCUUACUCAUACAUGCAAAGAGCUAUUGCUUCACAUGGUGCUUUUGCUAUUUUGUAUGGAAGGCGUUCAAAACAUUACAUCAAGAAACCUGAGGUUCUGCUUGGUAGAUCAACUGAAGAUCUCGUUGUGGACAUUGAUUUGGGAAGAGAAAAACGUGGUAGCAAAAUAUCUCGACGUCAGGCCAUCAUACGUUUGGGAGAAGACGGUUCUUUUCAUAUGAAAAAUCUUGGGAAGUAUCCUGUCUCAAUAAACGAGAAGGAAGUAGAUCCUGGACAGAGUUUAAUCCUCAAAUCCGAUUGUCUGAUUGAGAUACGGGGAAUGCCUUUCAUCUUCGAGACUAACCAAGCAUGCAUCAACCAAUACCUGGAUAGCAACGGGAAGGUGUAAUCGAGAUGGGUAAAAUCCCGGAUCGCUUUUAUGAGUUUCUCAUUCUAAUCAAGAAUGUGCCUGUUUUCUACUCCGUGCUCUUUUUUUUUUCACGUAGCCUUAGCAGUUGUAGCCCAUGGAUUAUUCUCAAAGUAGUGUGUUUUGUAUCUUCUUUGUCUAAAUCACAUAACCACAGAAACCUGUCUUUCAGACCGAGCUAGGGUCGACGACAUGUAUAGCAGAUGCAGUUUUCGUUCCCUUUCUAACUUCGUACUCCCUUUGAGUACCAAAAGGAUAUGAAUCAUGAAUGCAAGAAAAAAGGUUGGCUGGAUA